AUGUCCUGCGAAGCAUGCAGGGAACGGCAUACCAAGUGUGACAACCAACAUCCUCGAUGUAGCCGGUGUGAGAAAUCGGGCCGACAAUGCAUUCGGAGCUCGGUCGCAAGGUCUUUUCGUGCUGCGCCGAGACCUACUGGAUUUGCACACCACCAAACAUGGGUGCCAGUGCCAUCAAGAGUUGAUUUCGUGGACGAGACUAGGUCGCUGCAAGCAAGUCAUGCCGGCGUAGAAGACUCCAGCGAUGAUGGAGAAGCUGGUCAGUCGAGGCCGGCGAACUCUGCAGCUCCAGCGCCUUCUUCUCCAUUCCAGGCUCGUUGGAGCCCGAAGAUACCUCAGCGGAUCAAUACCCUGCCUGUCAGUUCGCCUGAGUCGACUGGCCCAGCUUCCACGCUGCACUACGCCCCGUUAGCUACGAGAGAAGCGGCCGAACUGACGCGAUAUUUCGUCGACUACUGUGCUUGUUUCUUCGACUUCAGUGACUUCCAUCGGCAUUUCGCCUACGAUGUUCCGCUUCGGGCACGUCGAAAUGCCACGCUGGCGAAUGCAAUGUUGGCGCUAGCCGCCCGACACCGUAGUCGCACCCAGCAAUAUGACCCUUAUGUUUCGGAUCGCUACUACCACGAGUGCUUGCAGACUUUGAUACCAAGACUGGAUGACCCUGCUGCAAUCAAGGACGACGAACUCCUAGCCGCGGUCAUUGUUCUGCGGCUCCUUGAGGAGAUGGACGUUUCCAUUCUCGGAUCUGACCCUCAAGGCCAUCUGUUGGGGACCCAUGCUAUCAUCACAGCUUCACAGGCUCAAUCACCUUCACCAGUCACGUCUCUACGAAAGGCAUGCUAUUGGGGGGCAUUUCGACAAGAGAUUUUCACAUCUCUGACAUCUCAAAGGCCAUUCAAGCUUCGACUUCCGGAAAUGUCGUCCUCUAAGGUAUCUGCUGACGAUUGGGAAUGGUCUUUGAACGCAACAUAUCUGUGUGGUAAAGUGCAAGAGUUCGUGUUUGGGAAUGAUGUUGCGAAUACGGCCGAGUACGGUCGACUGCUAGAGGACGUAGAUGCUUGGAAAAGAAAUCGACCUAGAGGCUUUGAUCCCCUGUUCCAAAGCCCAAGCGGGGAAUUCGAAUUUCUGCCAGAUAUCCGCUUGCACCUGGAUUGUCAUGUCAUGGGUUGGCAGUACAUUUCGAUGUCGUACUUGCUGUUGAUUGUCCACCAAUCAUUCCCAAGGGUGGGACCAUCUCGCAGACAAGCGAUAUCGCAUAUGGAGCAAGCGGCGGCCCAGGAGGUAAGAACAAUAUGCGGCGUGGCUCUGUCCAAUCCCGGAACGGCACCAGCACAGCUCGUUGCGUGCAUGGCAAUUGCACUGUUCGGUGACCGCUUCGUAUCGCAUGCCGAGCAAGCCGUGCUUCGGGACCUCCUGAUCCAGACGGAGAAGCAGACCGGAUGGCCAACUUCCUCCGCACGGCGACAAUUGGAACAAUUCUGGGACUGGCGCCUUGACCAUUCCCCAACCACAUGA